AUGGUCGAUACUGAACACCAGGCGAGCGUGCCUGCCGAUGCACGCCCGACAGAGGUGCCGGCCUCCGCUACCACCGGUGGCGAGGAGCCGGAAGUGCUCGCUCCCCCACACCCCGUGCAGGCACCUUCGGGCGUGUCAGUGCCUGCCUUGGAAACGGCAUCGGAGCCGAUCAAAACGGACACGACGCUGCCGACUGCACCUGCGGAGAUGAUGCUGGGAGGCAUGCCGCCCGCGAACGUCGGCAUUCCCCCCGAGUCGGUGCCUGGCACGACGAGUUCGAUUGCGGCGCCGGCCGACGAGGGUACGGGCGAGGUGGAGAAGGCAGAGGAGGCCAGGGCGGAGGUGGCCAGGGCGGAGGUGGCCAAGACGGACGAGGUCGCGACUGAAGCCAAGCCUGACGAGCCCAAGCCUGACGAGCCCAAGCCGGAGGAGCCCAAGCCGGAGGAGCCCAAGCCGGAGGAGCCCAAGCCGGAGGAGCCCAAGCCGGAGGAGCCCAAGCCGGAGGAGCCCAAGCCGGAGGAGCCCAAGCCGGAGGAGCCCAAGCCAGAGGAGCCCAAGCCAGAGGAGCCCAAGCCAGAGGAGCCCAAGCCAGAGGAGCCCAAGGCAGACGCCCCCACGGUAGAGCCUACGCCCUCCGCCGACGCCCCCACAAAAGAGACACCGUCAGCGUCUCAGCCCACGGCCACGGCCACUUCCACUCAGCCUGCAGCGGAGGAUGGCCUGACUCAUAUGGAAAUGGCCAUGCCGCAUGUAAAGUAUGCCCAAAACACGAUCCGAUCGCUCAAGUCGCGACGAGAGGCCGCCGCGUUCUUGCAGCCUGUGGACCCGAUCGCGCUCAACAUCCCCCAUUAUACCCAGAUCAUUACUCACCCCAUGGAUCUCGGCACGAUCGACCAGAAACUGGCGCUGACUGCGUUCCACCUGAAAGGCCCUCCGGGCUCCCAGAACCGCAUGUCGGACAAGUUGAAGCAGGCAGUCGACUCUGGCAAGCUUAAUAUGGAGCAGGACCAGUACAAAUACGUGGACGAGUUUGAGCGCGACGUGUUCCUUGUCUUUGACAACUGCAAGCGCUUCAACGGCGCGGAACACAUCUUUACGAAGAACGCCGAAGCACUCCGCGGCGUCUUUGAGAAGCAGCGCAAAGGCCUUGCGUCGGCUGUUGCCGUCGCAAACGAGGCGAACGCGAACGAGGCCAAGCGUCGUUCGUCGUCUACGCUGCCGACGAUUCGCCGCUCGUCGUCCAACGGCGGCCGCCCCAAGCGCGAGAUCCACCCCCCAGCGAACCGCGACUUGCCGUGGACCGAGGAGCACCUGCACCCCGCGUCGAAGCGUGCGAUCCUCAACCGCCACGGCAAGAACGGGCAGCUGACGCCGCGCGAGCAGGCGUACUGGUCCAAGGUCAUCAACGACGAGCUCAAGUUCUGUGUGCGCGUGAUUGACGACCUGCUGAAGCCUGCGCACCAGGAUCUGGCGUGGGUCUUUUACGAUAUCCCCGCCAAGGACUUUGACUGGGCGCCCGCGUACUACGCGACGAUCAAGAAGCCGAUUGCCCUCACGCCGAUCCAGCGCAAGCUCAAGACCGGCGGCUAUGCGGACCUCGCUGCGUUUGAUGCGGACAUGCAGCUGAUGUUUAACAACUGUUUCACGUUCAACCCCCCCGACUCGGACGUGUACGUGAUGGGUGCGCGCCUCAAGGACGUGUACGAAGGCAAGAUGCAAAAGAAGCCCGUACCUCCCCCGCUGGAGCCCGAGGAGGAGAUGGAUGUCGACGAUGACGAUGAUGAGGACGAGGACCUGGACCCGGAGGAUGCGAACGCAGUGCUUGUGCAGCAGCUGCAGCGCCAGAUUGCCGAGCUCGAAGGCACCCUCGAGACUUUGGAAAACUCCAAGUCGAAGAACCCUGUGCUAAUCACCUCGACGCGCGUCGCGCUGAACUCGGUGCAGGCUGCGCUGGCCGGUGCGAUGAGUGUGAGCGGCAUGAUGGGCAAGAAGGGCAAGAAGCGUUCGAACGCCGACGUCCACGGCUCGGCCAAGAAAGGCAAGAGCAAAGGCGAACCGAAGAAGAAGGCCAAGAAGGCCAGCGGCUCGCCUGCGCCGCGCAAGCGCUCGGCCGGCAGCGACGAGGAGGACGUGCGGACCGUCACCUUUGACCAAAAAGAGGAGCUUGCGGCGAAGAUCACCGAGCUCACCGACGAGCGUCUCGAGGGGGCGAUCCGCAUCCUCAACGAGGACAAGCCCCCUGGCCAGCAGGGCGGUGAGGACGACGAGAUCGAGCUCGACAUUGACGAGCUGUCGCCCCAGACGCUGUACAAGCUGUACAAGUACGUCGUGCGUCCCAAGAAGAAGAACCAGCCGGAGCUCGGCCCCAACGGCAAGCCGGCGCCCGCUUCGGCCCCGAUCGACGGGCGGAAGCGCGGCACGGGCGGCCUGAAAAAGAAGAACCUGGACGAGACGGAGGAGGCGGAGCGCAUUGCGCGCCUCCAGCAGCAGCUCCAGCAGUUCAACGACCCCGAUCACACGCCGAAGCCCGCGACGCCCGCCGAGGCAGAGGCGAGCAGCAAGCACGACGACCUUGUCCAGUCCGACUCGUCGUCAGGCGAGGAGGAGAGCGACAGCGACAGCGAUAUGGACUAG